UAAAAGGAAAUAGAUGAGGGUUUCAGACAUCAGAGACAAGCAAACGCGCACAUAACCAGACAGAUCAGAGAUCCUCAGAGAGUAGAACCUUGGUUGGCUGACUUCUUUCUGCACAACAGAUAUGGUGAGGGGAGUGAGGAUGUUGUGUCCUGCUUGGCUCUUGGCUCUGGCUGUUCUGUGUGCGGGUGGCUCUGAAGUCAGAGCUCAGUGCUGGGAGAACGCCCACUGCAGAGACCUCACCACUGACGAGAACAUCUUGAACUGCAUACAGGUAUGCAGGUCUGAUCUGAGAGAUGACACCCCAGUCUACCCAGGAGAAAGCCAUUUGCAGCCUCCCUCUGAACUGGAGCAGACCGAGGUCUUCGCACCUUUGUCCCCUGCUGCCCUCGCUCCUGCUGAGCAAAUGGACCCUGAGUCCAGCCCUCGGCACGACCACAAGCGCUCUUAUUCCAUGGAGCAUUUCCGUUGGGGAAAGCCAGUGGGUCGCAAGCGGCGGCCUAUCAAGGUGUACGCAAACGGCGUGGAGGAGGAAUCCGCCGAGAUUCUCCCAGCCGAGAUGAGGCGCGAGCUGGCCACCAACGAGGUCAACUAUCCUCAAGAGGAGAGCAAUUUAAACCAGCAGGGGAAGAAGGACGGCUCCUACAAAAUGAAGCAUUUCCGCUGGAGCAGCCCGCCUACUGGCAAGCGCUACGGAGGCUUCGUGAAGUCCUGGGACGAGCGCGGUCAGAAACCCCUUCUCACACUCUUCAAAAAUGUCAUAAACAAAGAGCAUCAGAAAUAAGGACCAGUGAGGGGGUUUUAAUUGGAUGAGUGGAUAGGGGAUUGUUUUUAAUACUUUCUUCCCAGCAAACCUAUCAUGCAUAGUCAACAAAAAGAGGGUGGGUGGUCUUGCCAGUAGUACUUAAUUCUUCACGCUUAGUUUAUUCACAUUGUAUUCAACAAUAAAUUCUGAUUUCUGUACAUAGAAAUGCUGUGGUGAUCAAAUACUUUUUAGAUUAUUCAUUGAAAUGUACAGUAUUAUACUGUAAAGUUUGAAAUUGUGAUACAGAAUGAUUGUUUCAAGCAGAAAAGAACAAAACCGUUCCUUUCUGAGAAAUAAGCAGACAUCAGAAUCAUUCAGCAGUAUGUGCAGUUGCCAGUAAAGCUUUAAACACAGGUCA